AUCUUUACAAGAUAACGACCUUUAGCUGCCACUACCUUCUCUCUCCCUCUAACCACCACUACCAUCUUACACUGCUACUAUCUAUUAAAUGGUCUUUCCACAAGGAUCCAAAUUCUUUAAUGGCUGAUGCAAGGUCUCUAACCUUCUGUUCUUGCGUUCACCCUCCUAAGCCCAUUCUCUUGCCUUCUCUUCCUAUUUCUUUUUCUUCCUCAAAACGCACUUCUUGUUUCUCUUUCAAGACUGUUUCCACUCCUAAAACUACUACUUCUUCUUCUUCUUCUUCUUCUUCUCUUUGUUCAUCCCGAGAUUCUGUUUCUGGAGAUGUUGAUAUCAUUUCUACUACUGAACACUCGGAUGGCAGUCUCCUUUUCCAGUUUGGAGAAUUAAAUGAGAUUUCUGAGAAUGUUAAAAUAGGAGAAUCAAAAGUUACUCUUAAAGAUGCUGAACUUGAGAAUGCUGAUGAAGAGGUUAAUAAUCUUUCAAAAGAGGAAGCUACAUCCUACAGUGAAUUCGUUGACGGUGUUAAAGAAAUAGGCUUGUGUGGAGAAGGUUCUAGUGACAAUGCCAAUGGUUCGGGCGAAACAUUAUCCGCAGAUGCCGUUUCAGAUGUUCAAUCGAGUGAUGAAACACAUAUACCUGAGAUGAUAUAUUUCAAGAUUUUAACUCCAGUUAAUAUAUCUGAGCUUGAAUAUGUUGUAAAAGAUGAAACUAGUGGGAACAGUAACACUACUUCAAUUUCUGUUUCGGGGUUAGAUAUGGUUUCUUCUCAGGAACUUUCUCAAGAGGAAAGCGAGGGUGAAAUUGUAAGUGAUAUGGUUGAGCCAGAUGUUAAAGUGCACUCUAGUUUUGCAUCUCAAGCUGAUACUACUACUAAGGAUCCUACUGUGCAGCACACAGAAGAAAAUUAUAAGAUUGAUUAUGGUGGCGAUGGUGAAAUUCAUGAGGCGGUUCCUAUUUCUAGUUCCUGGGAGGCUUCAGUCAUUCUUGAUAAUGAACUAACUCAUAUUGCAGUGGAUGAAGAAACUGUUGAGGAGCCAACUCAUAAUGCUGUAGAUGAGAAACCGACUGAGAAUGCAGCGGUUGAGGAACCAGCUCAUACUCUAGAGGAUGAGGAACCAGCUCAUACUCUAGAGGAUGAGGAACCUGUUGAGCAACCAACUGAGAAUGUGGCAGAUGAGGAACCGACUCAUACUGUAGAGGAUGAGGAACCUGUUGAGCAACCAACUGCUAAUGCAAUGAAUGACGAACCAUCUCAUACUGCAAUGGAUGAGAAACCAACUCCUAGUAUAAUGGAUGAGGAACUGACUCAAAAUGAAGUGGAUGAGGAACCUGUUGAGCAAUCAACUCAUAAUGCAGGGGCUGAGGAACCAGUUCAUGAUGCACUGGAGGAGGAACCAACUCUUAAUGCAUCGCAUGAGGAACCAACACUCAAUGCAGUGGUUGAGGAACCAACUCAUAAUGCAGUGGAGGAGGAACUAACACAUAAUGUGGUGGAUGAGGAACCAACUAAUAAUUUAGUGGAUGAGGAACCUACUCAUGUUAUAGUGGAAGCAGAGUCUGUUAAAAAUGAAGAAGUUGAGGACUUGAAGAUGUUAGCGCCUUCAUCACAUUUGGUAGAAGAGACAGCUGAAGCAGAAGCAGAGAACAGUAGUGAUGGGGAUGUGUCAAAUCCUCAUGCAGCAGAAACACGAACAAUAGAAGCUACUGAAACUCAAGAGGAAAUCUCAAUGUCCAGAUUUUAUUUGUAUUCUGGCUCUGCUUCAGUGGCACAUCCCUCCAAGUUUGAAGGUAGAUUUCUAACCUUCACAAGGGACAAAACAGAAAUGCUUGCUCUUUUAAAAGGUGGAGAGGAUGCAUAUUUUGUUGACCAAAACUGGCUCAGCAUUGCUGAUGGAGCUGGACAGUGGUCAUUUGAAGGGAUUACUGCUGGACUAUAUGCUCAAGAGUUGAUAAAAAAUCUUGGGAAAAUUGUGGCUGAUAGCAAAAGCAAUCUGAUGACUGAUCCAGUGGAAGUUCUUGAUAAAGCUGCAAUGGAAACACAAUCUAGUGGAUCUUCUACAGCUCUGGUGGCUUAUUUUGAUGGUCAGGCUCUCCAUGUGGCUAAUAUUGGAGACUCAGGAGUUCUAAUUAUAAGAAAUGGCACCAUCUUUAAGAAGUCCUCUCCAAUGAAACAUGAAUUUAACUUUCCAUUACAGAUAAAGAAGGGAGAUAAUCUCUCUGAACUCAUAGAGGUAUAUGCCAUUAAUCUGGAUGAGGGUGAUGUUGUUGUCACUGCUAGCAAUGGACUUUUUGACAAUUUGUAUGAGCAAGAAAUAGCUUUGAUCAUCUCCAAUUCACUGCAAGCUAGUUUGAAGCCUCAGGAAAUAGCAGAACUGUUAGCCAGGAGAGCACAAGAAGUGGGGCAGUCGACGGCUGUGAGGUGUCCAUUUGCUGAUGCAGCUCAAGCUGCUGGUUAUGUGGGAUAUACUGGUGGAAAACUUGAUGAUGUUACUGUCAUUGUGUCUUUGCUACAUAAAAGUUCAGCCUCUCAAAUGCAAUAGGAGCACAAGAAGAGGAACGCCUUUUGCAGCUCAAACCGCAGCAGGAAAUGCUCGUUGGUUAACCGUAUUUUGAAACGCGGGAAAAAAUCAUUAGCGAAAUGUUAUGUACAUGUUGGUCUUUAAUCAAAUUAUCUAUUUUAGUCAAGUUAGAAUUGGAUUAUUAGGUCAAUUGAAGUGAAUCUCUUUUAAACUUCCAUAAACUUGUCAUAUUCAGUAAACAUAUUUUGUUUAUAGAUCAUCAAAAUCAGCAUGACCUUAUUAUAUAAGGACUAAUUUAACACAUUACUUGUUAAUGAUAAGUAUCACAAGCUUUGUAUUAUAGCU